AUGGAAAAGUCAUCGUCUUCCCUUCCACCUGGCCCCGAGAGACGCAAGAGACAGACCGUGGGACAGCGAGCUGUGGCCUGGGUGCGUCACCAUGUCUACCCAGGCGUCGCCGGUCUCUCUUUCAUUCAAUGGCACUAUUUCUACUUCGUCGCCUCCACGCUGGUCGCCAGUCUGAUCUUCUGGGGCUCAUCGACUCCGGCCAAGUCUGUCCCCUAUAUCGACAGUCUCUUCCUUUGCGUCUCCGCCAUGACAGAGGCAGGCUUGAACACGGUCAAUCUGUCGGAGCUGAAUACCUGGCAGCAGAUUCUGCUGUUCCUCCUCAUCAUCUUUGGGUCUGCCAUUUUCGUGUCGUCGUCCAUCCUCCAUAUACGCAAGAGGGCGUUUGAGAGCAAAUUCGCGGAGCUUGUCGAGCAACGCCGGAAACGACAGCACAGGCCGCGCACACGUGCCUUCACCUUGUCAAGACGAGACCAGGGCCACUCUAAUGGCCGCGAGUCCACCGUCGCCUCUGGAGCGUUGCGUGGGCGCCUGGUGGAGGCGGGUCCAAGAUUCCCCGAGCAUAAGGAUGCCUCCAGCUUAUCGGAUCGUCCGCAGGAUUUGGAGGCGCCCGCAGAGACACAGACUGGGUCGGGACCACCACAUGUCACAGGCACGACCACCAAUGACUCCCAUAUGGGCCACAUCAGAUUUGCCGAGUCAAUCCCACCUGUGGAACGCACAGAGUCGCGAUCUCGAAGCAUGCGUCACAGCCCGAGUUUCUUCGAAGGCCGCGGUGUCGGUGCUCGAGGCUUGGACAACCACCCGCGGAAUGCACGACCGGUCGAGAUCCACGAGGCGACGCUGGACUGCGCCAUCGACGACAUUGCAGCGCAACCGGGCCCAUGGGUGAAGAAGGUGCACAGCUAUAUCGACACGGUCGGGGGGUAUCUGGGAAGAAACUCCCAAUUCCACCAUCUCAGCGAAAAAGAGAGGCGGAAACUCGGAGGGAUCGAAUAUGAUGCCAUCUGCCUUCUGUCAUGGCUGGUGCCGGUCUACCUGGCCCUCUUCCAGCUGUUUGGCGCUCUGGGGGUUGGGGCUUGGAUAACGGCCAACCGUCCACACAUCUCGUCGACGAAUGGGCUGAAUCCCUUUUGGACCGGUGCUUUCUUCGCCGUCAGCGCUUUCAACAACAGCGGCAUGGCUCUCCUUGAUGCCAACGCCGUCGCGCUCAACACGAGCUAUUACUGCAUGUUGACGCUCAGUCUGCUCAUCCUUGCAGGAAAUACACUCUUUCCGCCGUUUCUUCGAUUGAUUCUGUGGAGUUUCAGCAAGGUGAUGCCUGAGGAUUCUGCUUCGGCGGAAUGGCAGAGACGGCGGCGAACCGUUCAAUUCUGCCUGGACCAUCCUCGAAGGGUCUACACGAACCUUUUCCCCAGCGCAGCCACCUGGUGGCUGGUCGCCAGUGUGGUGGUUCUGAACGCCGUUGAUUGGGUUGCGUUUGAACUCCUCAACAUUGGAAAUGAGGUGGUUGACUCGCUUCCUACAGGGUUCCGGAUCGUUGCCGGAUUGUUUCAAGCCUUUGCGGUGAGAAGUGGUGGCUUCUACGUCGUAUCCAUAUCAGGGCUGCGGUCCGGGUUGCUCGUUCUGUACGUCCUCAUGAUGUAUUUGAGCGCCUUCCCGGUCACGAUGACGAUCCGGAACACAAACGUCUAUGAAGAACGAUCGCUCGGCAUCUUCGCAGACGAGCUUCCACUCUAUCAGGACAACGAGGGGACAACAUCGCAGAAGGACAAGAAGGAAGGACUCUUGACUGGGCUAAGACGCACCCUCACAAUGACCCACGGCGGCCACGCGACACAGAACCCAACAUGGAACCGUGAGGAUUUCAUCCGACUACAGCUCCGAUCCCAGCUUGGCCACGACUUGUGGUGGAUUGCCAUCGCAGUCUUCGCCAUCACGUCCAUCGAGACGGGCCAAUUCGAGCGGGAUCCUGUCAACUUUUCCACGUUCAACAUCAUCUUCGAAGUCAUCAGCGCGUACGGCUGCGUCGGCAUCAGUGUUGGAGUGCCCUGGAACAACUACUCCUUCUGUGGAGCCUGGCACCUGACGUCCAAACUUGUGCUUUGCGCGGUCAUGCUUCGAGGCAGGCACCGAGGACUGCCCGUCUCGAUCGACCGAGCAAUUCUUCUUCCGGACGAAAGUCUGGCGUGGGCGGAAGAAGAGGAUGCGCACAAGAGAACGACGAGCUUCACCUCCGAGGUUACCAUGCGAUCGGGAGAGGUACUGCGACCGGCGACGUCGGCAACCGCAUCGACAAACGCGGCGCGUCGACCUAGAUCUGCGAGCUCGGGUGCCCCGGGGCCGAGCAUCCACGUGGACGACCACGCCAGGGGAGCCGAGCACGUCGUUUGA